GGACAGAAGUUAAGUUGCGAAUGGCGGAGAUAUUGAGGCGAGUGCUAAACCGGGACAGCUUGACUGGCGAUAGGGAGGAGCGCGCGGCGGAGGCAGGGCCGCCUCUGCUGCUGCUCGGUACUUCAGGCUCUGGGAAAACAGCGCUGCUUUUUGCAACGGCCCUGGAGGUGGCAGGAGAGGGCCGAGGCCCCGUGCUUUUCCUGACCCGGCGGCCUCUUCAAAGCUUGCCUGUGGGCACGAGAGCUUCUCUCGACCCUUUGCGGCUCCAGAAAAUUCGCUUCCAUUACCCACCCUCUACCCGAGAGCUUCUUCGGCUCCUGUGCUCUGCCCAUGAGACCCAGGGGCCUGCCCCCUCCCUCCUGUUGCUGGACGGCUUGGAGGAAUACCUGCUGGAUGACCUGGGGUCCCAGGAAGCCACCUACCUAACUGCUUUGCUCUUGGACACUGUUGCCCACUUCAGCCGCAGGCAGGGACCGGGUCAGGGCUGCGGGCUCCUGGUGGCCCUGAAGACCCAGGAGGAAGCCGACAGCAGCGAUUACCUGCAGGUGGCCAUGCUCCGGCGCUACUUCCCGGCUCAGUGCUGGCUGCAGCCAGAUGCAGGCCCAGGAGAACACCGCCUGCGAGUCUGCCUGGAGCUGGGUGGUCUAAGUCCCAGGGCAGAGUGGUGUGUGACUUUCCAGCCACAGGGAGAGAUGAAGAUCACCCCAUAGCCCACCCAAGCUAGUAACCCCAGCUCAGAGGAGAGUUCAAGUGCUGACUGCAAGCCUUGACCUUUGGUGUGUCUCAGUCUCUGUGCCUCUGUUUCCCAUGGCUGGCAUGCAUAAUUCUGGAUCAUAUGAAGAUUCGAAGGAUGGAAUGGACUUUUGCUCUUUCAAAACUAGCAUUAAAAGUCAGGCACUGGUGGCUCAUGCCUGUAAUCCUAGCUACUCAGGAGGCUGAGAUCUGAAGAUCAUAGUUCAAAGCCAGACCUG